CAGAACUCUGUAGAUCAAAAAUGAAAUCGUUCAAUUUAUUUUAGUCGUGUACCGAGUUGAUUUUUAAAUAAAAUUAAAAUAUUUAUAUUUAUUUAAUACCCGGCCUUUUCUAUCCAACAUGAAAAGUGCAUUAAUGGUGGCUGAAAAGCCAUCGUUAGCCCAAAAUCUUGCCAAUAUACUUAGUAAUGGCAAAUGCAACACCAAUAAAGGUUCAAAUUCAGCCUGUGCGAUACACGAAUGGAAUGGCACAUUUAAGAAUGAACCGGUCCGAUUUAAAAUGACGUCUGUUUGUGGACAUGUAAUGACUUUAGAUUUCACCGGUAAAUAUAACAACUGGGACAAAGUUGAUCCCAUUGAACUGUUCAGCUGUCCAACAGAAAAGAAGGAAGCAAUGCCCCGUCUUAGGAUACCAGCGUUUUUAGCCCAGGAAGCAAGAGGUUGUGACUUUCUUAUUUUGUGGUUAGAUUGUGAUAAAGAGGGUGAAAAUAUCUGUUUCGAAGUCAUGUCCUGUGUCCAGCCAUAUAUGAAGGGUGAUGUUUUAUCUCCUCAAGUGACAUAUCGAGCACGUUUCUCUGCUAUUACAGAUAAAGAUAUAAAGGCAGCCAUGUUGAAUCUCGUUAGGCCUAAUGAAAAUGAGUCUCGCAGCGUGGAUGCACGGCAAGAACUUGAUUUACGUAUUGGCUGUGCAUUUACACGAUUUCAGACAAAGUACUUUCAAGGCAGAUAUGGUGAUCUCGAUGCAUCUCUUAUAUCUUAUGGUCCAUGCCAAACACCCACUCUUGGUUUCUGUGUCCAACGUCAUGACGAAAUUCAGACUUUCAAACCAGAAACCUAUUGGGUUUUAAGAGUGACAGCUUCGACGAGUGAGGGUCGUGAACUACCAUUGGAAUGGAAAAGAGUUAGGAGUUUUGAGAAAGAUAUUGCCAAUAUGUUCCUCGCUGGUAUUAAGGAAAUAAAAGAGGCUACCGUCAUAAACGUCCAAGCCAAAGAGAAGGUGAAGCCUCGGCCUACAGCCCUCAACACCGUGGAGUUAAUGAGAGUGGCCAGUGCUGGACUGGGCAUGGGGCCACACCAUGCUAUGCAGAUUGCAGAACGUCUCUAUACUCAAGGGUAUAUUUCAUAUCCCAGAACUGAAACGACGAGCUAUCCAGAAAACUACGACCUAAUGGGUACGCUUCGUCAGCAACAGAACUCGUCUAAAUGGGGUACAGAAGUUCGCGCCAUUAUCGCAAACGGUAUUAGCAAACCCAAGAAAGGCCACGACGCUGGCGACCAUCCUCCCAUCACACCCAUGAAACCGGCUACGGAGUCUGAGCUAGAGGGCGAUAUGUGGCGUAUCUACGACUACGUGACGCGUCACUUCAUAGCGACACUGUCAAGGGACUGCAAGUAUUUAUCAACAGUAAUAACAUUCCAAGUGGGCUCUGAAACAUUCACGUACACAGGGAAUACGCUCGUGGAUGCUGGAUACACGGAGAUUAUGCACUGGCAGGCCUUCGGCAAAGACGAAUUCGUGCCCGUCCUCGCCGUGGAGGACGUCCUCCGCGCACACGACCACCGCCUCGUGGAGUGCCAGACCUCCCCGCCGGACUACCUCACCGAGUCGGAGGUAAUCACUCUGAUGGAGAAGCACGGGAUCGGCACGGACGCGUCUAUCCCGGUGCACAUCAACAACAUCUGCCAGCGGAACUACGUCAACGUCGGCAGCGGUAGGAGGCUCGUGCCCACCAGCUUGGGAGUGGUGCUGGUCCACGGUUACCAGAAGAUCGACCCGGAGCUGGUCCUGCCGACCAUGCGCUCGGCCGUGGAGGAGCAGCUCAACCUGAUAGCCGUGGGCCGUGCCGACUUCCACGCCGUGCUGGCGCACACGGCCGAGAUAUUCCGGCGCAAGUUCCAGUACUUCGUGCGGUCCAUCGAGGCCAUGGACCAGCUGUUCGAGGUCAGCUUCUCGUCGCUGAAGUCGAGCGGCAAGGCGCUGUCGCGCUGCGGCAAGUGCCGGCGCUACAUGCGCUACGUGGCGGCCAAGCCGGCGCGCCUGCACUGCUCGCACUGCGACGACACGUACGCGCUGCCGCAGCACGGCUCCGUGCGCAUCUACCGCGAGCUCAAGUGCCCGCUCGACGACUUCGAGCUGCUCAGCUGGUCGGCCGGCAGCCGCGGCCGCAGCUUCCCGCUCUGCCCCUACUGCUACAACCACCCGCCCUUCAGGGACAUGAAGAAGGGAUUCGGAUGUAAUUCCUGUACCCACCCCACGUGCCCUUACGGCGUUAACUCUACCGGGGUGUCCGGUUGUGUCGAAUGUGAUGGAGUGUUAGUCCUCGAUCCUUCCGCUCCGAAGUGGAAGCUCGCUUGUAAUCGCUGCGAUGUGAUCAUCAACAUCUUCGAGGAGGCGUCCCGCGUGUCGGUGUGCGAGAGCGCGUGCGGCUCGUGCGGCGCGCAGCUCGUCAGCGUGGAGUACCGCGCCGAGCGCACGCGCCUGCCCGCCGCGCUCACCGACAUGACCGCCUGCCUCUACUGCGAGCCCAGCUUCAGCGCGCUCGUGAGUCCCGCACGCACACGCACACGCUCCCACACACACGCACACGCGUCACACACACACACACACGCACACAAGCACGCGCCUGCCUCUACUGCGAGCCCAGCUUCAGCGCGCUCGUGGAGAAGCACCGCGCGGUGUCGUCGCGCGGCGGCGGCGCGCGCGGGCGCGGCGGGCGCGCGCGCGGCAAGCACCGCAACAAGCAGCCCAAGGACAAGAUGGCGCAGCUCGCCGCCUACUUCGUGUGAGCCGCCCGCGGCCCCUGCGUCGCCUGCGUCGACUAAUGUUUCCUGUGUUCUACCCUACUCGCUUAACCGUAUUGAUGGCAUUAUAAUUAGUUGGGUGUCGUUUGGGCAGAUCUCGAAAACUCGAAUUUUAUAAUAAAUUUAUAAAAUUUGAACUGAAAUCUUUCCUCGAUCUAACGUUGUAGGGUUUAAACCGCGAUGUUUUCUUUUGCCCCCACCUUUCGACAGAGUUGAGUUACAGAUGUCGUGGUCACGAGUUUACUGUCCGGACGAAUUAUAAAGUACUUGAUCGCGCCCAAAUCUAGUAAAAAAUACAGAAUCUGUAAUAUAAUAUCCGAACUCCAAUGACUACUACGUGAUACGAUUUUGAUGCACUUUACGCUUUCAAUAUAAUCAAGUGGAUAAGUCAUAUAUUUCACUUCCUGAAUUCUCACUUCACCACAGCUCAACAUUUAAGCGAGUAUAUACAGAAACAAAAAAAUACAAUAAACACCUUAGCUGAAAAGGCAAGCAAAUGGUUCCGUACUAACUAAAAACGACUAAGAAUUUUAAUAAAAAUCAAGUGUGGGAUGAGUGCGCCGCGAUGUCACAUACCAUUUAUCUGAUUCGGCCCUAAAUGUAUUAUAUAUUUAACAUCGUACUUUAAUUUAAUAAUA